AUGUUGGCGUUUGGAAGCAUCUGUGGACGGCUGCGGGCGCCGGCCGGCGCGGGAUUGAGAGUUAACGUGGGGAAGAUGCCAGGCCGCGCUUGGCAGGUGGCGAACGGGCAGCCAUACUCGACGUUCUAUGCCCCCCCAGAGCAGGCGGGCAACCGCCAAAAGGAGCGCCGCGUCACGGCGUGGAAAAAGGUGCGGGCAGCAGCGACAUUCAGCGCGUCGGGUAUGUUGGUACUGGGGGCUGCAGGGGUGGCGGGAAUCGUGCUGUACUUGAUUCUCUCGGAGCUCUUCUCGCCCUCGGGUGACACACAGAUAUUCAACAGGGCCGUCUCGACAGUGGAGGGCGACGCAGUUGCGCGGUCACUGCUGCAGUGCGAAGACGGUGUGCAUAGAUCCGAGCGUCUCAAGGCGUACGGCGACAGUGUCGGUGACGACCGGUGGACACGCAACAGGCCGAUCAGCUCGACCCGGCGUCUCGACGCCAGUGGCCGCGAGCACUACUACAUGCGCUUCCAUGUGGAGACCGGUCGCCGGCGGGGUGUGGUGAGCCUUGAGGCCCAGCAGUCGGACGACAGCUACCAGCCCGAGUUUGUACGCAUGUACCUGGAUGUGCCAGGUGAGAAACGGCACUACCUCAUCAGGCCGGAGCCGUCGGUUGCGAAACCCAAGGGUUUCCUGGGCCUGAACUGGGGUCCCCGGAAGGACUAG